CAUGUCUGCACCAAUGGACGACUCCUUCUACUCCAACGACAUGGACAACUACUCGCUCCAACAGUACACUGACUUCUCUGAUAAACCGCCUUAUGGCGGCGUCGACNCCCGUCUGCUCAGCUCGCCCCAGAAUACUCCCCUGCUCAGCAACGAACAACCACUUUCGCCUUUCAACCACACCGUCUUCAGCCGUCGUCCACCCAAUCCCACCUUCUUCGAGCCUGAUCUGUCUCUUCACUCUUACGAGCCCAUGCGUCACCAAAUGCUCGGUCAUCGCCGCAGUGUCUCCGUUCCUCCCGAAGACCCGAUGCCUGAGAACGUACAACCACCUCCCGCUCUGGUGUUCCACCGCGGCGGUACACCACUAGGCGACUCCAUGGGCACCGACAAGGGCAAUAACACCACGAACAAAAAGUGGUUGAAGAAAGCCGCUGCAGCCCAAAAGAGACAGAUGCGGAGACACUCGCCAUACCCCAUCGGAGGAGAAAGGAUGCAAGUCCAAAGAAGCCACACUCAACCCGUAUUCUUGCAACAACAGCACCACACACCCCAUCUCGGACCUACCAGUGCGCCUCAGCAGAUGAUUUUGAUGACCGAAGAUCAAAUUUCUCAGGCUGUGAUGCACAACUUUGACAUUAGUCCCCUGUCGUCACCGCAGUUUCCUGUCUUCAACACCAUCAACACUGAAGGACGAAACAUACAUCUACCUACCGGGCUGACUGACGUUGAUGCUUUGGCUUUUGAAACAAGAAAUGAUGUCAGCACUGCUGUUCUCGGCAUGUUUGGUUUCGCGGAAAGACUCUCGAGGGAUUGCGCAGCCAUGCGUGAGUUCCUGAGAAGAAGUUUCAGAAGUGGCGAGGAAGAUGAGGUUGAACGUAUUCGUCAAGAAAAACGUGCUGUCAACCACAAAGCAUCCACUCUUGAAGAUGGACUUGAGAUGCUGCCACUGCCAGACGGAAAGGCUGAAGAAGAGUUGACUGUGCCUGUCACGGGUCAAGACAUUAGAGAUCUUGAUGACAUGUUUUUGCAUGAGAAGAAGCUGGCAUAUCUGCGGUUCGUUGGCGCCAGUCGUGCUCUUAUGCACCUUGUGUUAGAC